AUGAACUGCAGCGAGAGCCAAAGGCUGCAAACCCUCUUGAACCGCCUGCUACUGGAGCUGCACCAUCGGGGCAACGCCAGCGGCCUGGGCAUUGGCCCCGGCCCGAGCAUGGGCAUGGGGGUCGUAACUGACCCUUUUGUGGGCCGCGAGGCGACCAGCUCCAAGGGCAACGAUGCUUAUCUCUACAUCCUACUCAUCAUGAUCUUCUAUGCCUGCCUAGCUGGAGGCCUCAUCCUGGCCUACACCCACUCCCGCAAGCUGGUUGAGGCCAAAGAGGAGCCACCCCUGGCCUGUGUCUCCGAGCAGGAAUGGGUCCCAGACACCUGCGCAUCCGCAGACCCGGAGAACUGCCAGGGCUUGCUGGCUGAGGGUGGCCACCAUCUUGCACCCGGAGAGCUGCCUGGGCUGGCUCAGGGCGCUGAAAGGGUCUAG